AUGCCGCGGUCUCUAUGCACGUCCCCCUCUAUCAAUGACCUGCCUACCAUCUUUCACUCCACACUUUGUAUACUACAUUUUUUUCUGACUAACAUGUCGACCCCUCGAGCUAAGCCUUGGGAAACGUCUUCCGGCACCUCUGCUGCUCAUACGGAGCACGUGCACGAAGUCUCUACACCACUAGCGGGUGGUUCUGCCUCUCAAAUCCCAGAAAGACCAACUUCACUAUCUGAUCCAUCAGCAUCUCAACAAAUGUCCCAGGGAGGUAUGGGCCUGCUGUAUGGGUCUGGUUAUAAUUCCAGUCUUGGCUACGGUGCUGGAUCGGGUUAUGGCUCCGGCUAUGGUUCCGGCUAUGGUGGAUAUGGUGCCUCCCGGUUUGGAUCAGGGUAUGGCUCUUCCAUGUUUGGUGGCUAUGGGUCAUCUGGUCUUGGCUAUGGCGGCUACGGCUCUUCAAUGUAUGGUGGCUAUGGAGGCUAUGGAUCCUCGAUGUAUGGUUCUGGGUAUGGUUCUAUGUAUGGCCAGAACGGCAUGAACGGUAUGAGUGGCAUGAAUGGCCCUGGAGGCAUAGCUGAGGGAACACAAGCAACUUUCCAGCUAAUAGAAUCAAUCAUAGGUGCUGUGGGUGGCUUUGCCCAGAUGCUAGAAGCCACAUACAUGGCGACCCACCUGUCUUUCUUCACCAUGGUUUCCCUAGCCGAACAAUUCGGCAAUUUGAAGAACACCCUUGGAUCGCUACUUGGAAUCUUUGCAUUAAUCAAAUUUGCUAAAAAACUCUUCUACAAGCUUGCCGGGCGCAAGUACAACCACGGCAUUAAUCUCAAAGAGUUUGGCAAGUUCGAGAACAAACAGAAAAAAUUGGAGGAUAGCUUGAGAAGACAGCAGUCAGGAGAAAGAAGAAUUCCAGGCAUCUCUUUUAAGCCUCUCGUUCUUUUUUUGGCUGCUUCCAUUGGCUUCCCUUAUUUGCUUAACAAGGCUAUUCAUAAAUUAAACGAACAACAACAGCUCAGACAGCAGAGAAACCUCACCAACUCUCAAGGUAUGAACGGAGGUAACAUUAACGGACCAAUUGAUCCGGAGACUUUGGAAUUUGCCAAAGCUUUGUACGAAUUCAACCCAGAAAAUCCUAAUAUUGAGAUUGAGCUCAAACCAAAAGAACUUGUUGCAAUUUUAUCAAAACUCGAUCCGUUAGGUAAUGAGAGCAAGUGGUGGAAAGUGAGGUCCAGAUCUGGUAAGGUUGGCUAUGUGCCUCUGAACUUCCUCAGCAUCAUCGAGAGAAAGGUGCCUCUCAAACAAGUCGCUGCUGCGCCACAUCCUAAUCCAAUUCUGCCACCACUUUCGGGUCAAUCAACACCAAAUAAAUUUGUGGAGGAGUUUGAGCAUCUACAUUAA